AUGUCAUUCUUGGCACGUGUGCUGUUUGCUGUAUUUGGCACGGCGGGCGUAGCGGCGGUAAGACGCGGCAUUUCCGACGAAGUGUCAAGCACUACCCGGAAGCACUGUGAUAUGUGGGAUGUCAGUCAGGCGAUGGACACCAUGUACGACGCCGAGACCUCAAAGGAGGAGAUUUGCCAUAAACUCUUCAAGAAGGGCGACUACAUGGACCAGGCCUGGACGCAGGGCUGGGCCCGCGAAUAUGUUCGGAAGUCCCUCGAAGAGAAGAAGAUCAAGUGCAAAGACGAAGAGAUGGACAAAGGCGUCGAAUUCCAUUGCAAGCAUGAAUAUGCCUCGGAUGGGUCCUGCAAUGUUUGGGCUGUUAGCCAGGAGAUGGAUACCAUGUACGAUGCCGAGACCUCAAAAGAAGAGAUUUGCCACAAAAUGUUCAAGAAAGGUGACUACAUGGACCAAGCCUGGACGCAGGGCUGGGCAAACGAGUAUGCUCGAAAGGGCUUGGACGAGAAGGGCAUUGAAUGCACCGACAAAGAGCUAGAUGAGGGGAUGAAGGUCCACUGCGGGGCGUGA